CUGGAGGACUGCACACUGCAGGUCUCACCCUCUGGACACUACUUGGACCUUGACUUGUCCCUGCUGGAGCAGAAGGAUGAUCUGGAGGGUUUCUACGAGGAGGUCAGGAAGGGGAGACGGCCGACCUUGAUCCUACGCACGCAGCUCUCCGUCCGAGUCCAUGCCAUCAUCGAGAAGCUGUACAACUCGCAAGGGCCAGAGCUGCGGCGAUCCCUCUUCUCCCUGAAGCAGCUCUUUCAGGAGGACAAGGACCUGGUGCCAGAGUUUGUGAACCUGGAUGGGUUGACGUGCCUGAUCAAAGUGGGGGCAAAGGCCGACCAGAACUACCAGAAUUACAUCCUCCGAGCCUUGAGCCAGAUCAUGCUCUUCAUGGACGGGAUGCAGGGUGUCAUCAACCACAACGAGACCGUCCAGUGGCUGUACACGCUGUCGGGAAGCCCAUAUCGCCUGGUGGUGAAAAUGGCACUGAAGCUGCUCCUGGUGUUCGUGGAAUACACGGAGCCCAACGCAUUGCUCCUCAUCCGCGCCGUCAAUGCUGUGGACCAGGCAAGAGGUGCCUGUCCGUGGUCCAACCUAAUGGCCAUCCUGGAGCAACGCAACGGGGCUGACACGGAGCUGCUGGUGUUUGCCAUGACGCUGAUCAACAAGACACUGGCAGCUCUCCCGGACCAGGACACCUUCUACGAUGUGACAGACUGCCUGGAGCAGCAGGGCAUGGAGCAGGUCGUGCAGCAGUACCUGAGCAGCAAGGGCACCGACCUUGACUUGAAGCAGCAGUUCUCACUCUACGAAAGUGCUCUCAAGCUGGAGGAUGACGUAGAAGAGCUGCCCUCGGGGGAACGCAAGGAGCGGAGGAGGACGGAUGAGGGCCGGCGUGGGCAGCAAUCCCAGGGCAGCUGCCCAGAGCCUGGUGCCAAUGCUCAGCCACUUCUAGGGUCCCCUAGCACUCCAAAGGAGCACCCAGCUGAGGACAUGAUGGCUGUUCCUAUGCCGAGCAGCCCAGCAGAACCCUGUCCCACCAGCAUCUACAACAGCACAUCCAGGGUGCAGCUGGCCCUGGCCUCCCCUCCAGCUGAGAAGGAGCAGCCACUGGGACCAGGAGAGCGCAGCAUCUACAAAGCUCGCUUUUUGGAGAACCUGGCUGCAGCCCAGAAGGAGAAGAUCUCUUCCAUGGCCAAGGAACGGCCUGAUAUCCUUGGUGAUGUUACCCUGGAGCGUCCUACUGGUCUUGAAUGGGACAGAGACAGCAGUACCUCUGAUUCUGGGAUGGAGCUACCCAGCAUGAGGUCUCGUCUGGCUCAGUCUGACACCACUGACUCCUGCAGCACCAUCUCCUCUGACACCAAAUUUUUACUGGACAUGCUCUGUGCCAAGGGCUCCUCAGAGUCAGGGAUGGAGAAGGUUUUCCUCCAGGCUGAGGCAGAGAUGGGCACCAAGGGAGGUAGCAGCCAGGAGCAGGAGAGUGCCUGGCCCCAUGGCAGGGCUCCAGAUGGGCCAGUGGCCAGCGCCCAUGCCAAGCUGGCACGUGCCAUGUCCAGCAUAGAUGCCGAGACCCACACACAGAAGCUGGAGAACACUGGGAUGAUGCCCAUCAAGGACAUGGAGCUGAUAUGGGAGCGCCUAGAGGCCAGCCCCGGACAGCUAAAAAUCAAGGACCUGGACUUCACUGACUUGGGAGAAGAAGAAGAUUUCGACAUCCUGGACAGUGGGCCGAUGGCCAAUGGCUCCUUCUUCCAUCCUGGCAUUGAAGCAACAAGUGCUGGAACAAACAUGGUUCCCCCUCCACCUCCUGCCAUCCCUGGUUGCCCACCACCUGCACCUCCACCUCCUGCCAUCCCUGGUUGCCCUCCACCUCCACCUCCUGCGGUCCCUGGCUGCCCGCCCCCACCAGGUCUGCCAGGCCUCUCAGCAACAGAUAGCCCCUCUCAGACAAAGAAGAGGACAGUGAAGCUCUUCUGGAAAGAGCUGAAGCAGUUGGAUGGCAGUGUGGGGCAUGGCAGGUUUGGCCAGGGGACACUGUGGGCAUCCCUGCAGAAUGUCGAGGUCAAUGCUGCCAAACUGGAGCAUCUCUUUGAGUCAAGGUCAAAGGAUGUGCCAACAUCAAAGAAGGCCAUCGAUGGGAAGAAGGUGGUGGUGGUGCUGGACCCUAAGAGGAGCAAUGCCAUCAACAUUGGCCUUACAGUACUGCCACCUGUCCACAUCAUUAAGACCGCCGUGCUCAACUUUGAUGAGUUUGCAGUCAAUAAAGAAGGGAUUGAGAAAAUCCUGACCAUGGUCCCAACCGAGGAGGAGAAGCAGAAGAUCCAGGAGGCCCAGUUGGCCAAUCCUGAUGUACCCUUGGGCUCUGCAGAGCAGUUCCUGCUUUCCCUAUCUUCCAUCAGUGACCUCACUGCCAGGCUCCAACUCUGGGCCUUCAAGCUGGACUACGAGAGCCUGGAGCAGGAGAUCGCAGAGCCGCUAUUUGAUCUGAAAGUGGGCAUGGAGCAACUGGCCAGAAAUCACACCUUCAAGUGCAUCCUAGCCACACUGCUGGCCAUGGGCAACUUCUUGAAUGGUUCCCAGAGCAGAGGCUUUGAUCUGGGCUACCUGGAGAAGGUCUCGGAAGUGAAGGACACAGUGCACCGGCAGUCCCUGCUUCACCAUCUCUGCCAGAUGGUGGUGGAGAAGUUCCCAGAAACCACUGACCUCUACUCAGAGAUUGCCUCCAUCGCUCGCUCCGCCAAGGUUGACUUUGAAGAGCUAGCCAACAGCCUGGUGCAGCUGGAGCGGAGGUGCAAGGCCUCCUGGGACAACCUGAAUGUGAUUGGCAAGCAUGAGAUCAAGCCAGCGGUGAAGACCAAGCUGUCAGAGUUCCUCCAUGACAGCACCCAGCGCAUCAUCGUCUUGAAGGUGGUGCACAAGCGCAUCCUCAACAGGUUUCACUCCUUCCUGCUGUACCUGGGGUACCCGGUGAGUGCAGCACGGGACGUGAAGGUGACAUCCAUCUGCAAGCUGCUGCGGGAGUUCGCCCUGGAGUAUCGCACCUGCUGGGAGCGCAUCCUGCAGCAGCAGAGGAAACGGGCUGCCCACCGUGAGCGCAGCAAGACCCGGGGACGGCUCAUCACUGAGACCAAGAAAUUCUCCGGCAUUGCUGAGGCUGUUUUGCCACCUGCAGUGGUGUCCAGCAGCCCCAAGGAGCAGAUGGAAGCAGGUCACGAGAGCAUGAAGAGUGUACUGACCUCCCACAUGGACAUCCCUGCCCGCCGCAGCCGGGCCAGCCAAGGAACAGGGCACGUCACCCCAACCCAGGGCUCUCCAGCCCAGGAGGAUGUUUCCGGCUCUCCAGCCCAGGAGGAUGUUUCCAGCUCCCCAGAUGAUGCUUCAGAUGAAAUCAUGGACCGGCUGGUGAAAUCGGUGACUCACAAUGCCAAUCCCCGGCCCUGCGCCAACAAGGAGCGCAGGAGGUCCCGCGGCAAUAGGAAAUCCUUGCGACGGACACUGAAGAGCGGACUCAGCGAUGACCUGGUGCAGGCGCUGGGCCUGGGACAGGUGCCUGACAUGAAGGUUUGA